AAUUUGUAUUUCUGAACGAUGGACUGCAGAUUGCGAUGACAGGUACAAAGAUUUGAAACUGUUGUCAUGGAAACUGAAUAAACGUAACGGGAUUGGUGUUUUUGAUUCAACAUUUUCGACUAUGUUUGGCGUCAUUGGCUAAAAAAUAUAUUUACGAAGCAGUAGUCCAAUCAGCAGUCAUUACUGUCAAAUUAAUUGUCCUUAUUUCGUCCUGUUUAUCUACAUAAAUGUAAACAUUAGAUUUACUUUCAAUAUUAGUUCCCGAUGAGAAAUUCGUGAAUUAUGAUAGUAUUUGGACUAAAAUUAGAUGUUUUAUCAUGAAUGUGUAAAGCUAGGCUAUCGGCAAUGUGAUUCUGCAACAUGCCAAAAAUUAUUGAGUUAACAGUGGAAAUAGAUGUACAAAAGGUAUCAUGUCCGGGAGUGUGGCUAUGUCAAGAUGGCAGAGUCUCCCUUACAGUGUUUGCACUGGGUACCAGCUACCAGACCUGUCUACUGCCUCCCAUCUUCCCACUCUUGUUCAAAGACAUCUUCUACUUCCGCAAAAGAUUCCAAGAAACUUGUGCCUUGAAUAACAUUUGCUGUUUGUUAAAAGAAGAAACUAUAUACUGUGAGCUGGUGCAAUGGUGUGAUGACUGUACCACCAGUGAAUGUGUGAUCCUGGCUCAGUACCUGGGUGCUUUGAAUGAUGUACUCUUCCCACCUAACAUGUGCUCCAAUGAUGGAGUUGACCUGCUCAUGAGGAGAGCUAAGGACUUCCCUGGUAUACUAUCUCCUAAAAUCGAGAUAGCAACAAAAGUGCGUAUAGAUGAGGUUUGGAAUCAGUCUCAUAACAUGCCUUCGAUGCUGAAAGUUGCUUGUCAUUGUUCACCUCAUCGUGACGAAACUUUGCGACAGAGGCAGGUUUGUCAUUCGGCCCGGUACCAUAGAAACAAAUGUAUAAAAUAUCCAAGGGCGCCAUCAGUACCGAGGUCAAGGUCACGGUCUGGGUCCACAGGAUCCAAGUCAUGUUGCAGCUUGACGCAGAAGGAUGGAGACUGUAUAACGUGUGACUGCCCCAAAUCAAUGGGCAGUACGGAGAAACCCUACUCCAACCGCCACGAUGAGGAAAAACAUACGAAGACUACUCUAGAAAGUAGAUACAUCGACCAUGAUAGGUACACAAAUGCCAGUACACAAGACAAUGGAAAAACUAAAUUCAAAACUAAAAUAACCCCAUGUGUGUGUGAAAUCUGUAAACGAUAUCACGAACUCUUUCAUGUGAAUAAAGGAUAACACGUUGAACAAGGCCAUAAGGACCAAUUUGCAAUAACUACCUCAUUGUAAAUGAAAUGGAGUGAGUGGAUGUAGGUAAGUAAUACAGUUUGUAAUUACCAUCCCCAAUUGACAAAGAAAAUUGUACUUUAUUGUUGUCAUCAAAUGUUUACAUUGUUAUAUUUUUCAUGAGUUAUCAGAAAUCAAUUGUUAUACUAAAUCAUGUAUUCAUAUCUUUUUUUAAUUCGUUACUUUAACUUAUUUUUGGACAAAAUAGUAGAUUUUGUCCAAGAAUAGGGUAAGGAUUGUUAAAAAUAUUGUG